ACAAGAUUGAACUUUUAUAAUUAGCGGAUUAGUCAAGGGAAUCGAGACCCUUUCUGUUCCAGUUACAAGAAUCUGAGAUUUUGUGGGAAAAUUAUGGGUGCAGUUGCCUUUUAUCCUCAAUCUUUGUUGUCUUUCAACAAGGAGCUCAAAUUCCAAAGGAAGGCCGAUUGUCUCCGCAAGAGGCACUUGUUCAAUUUGGCAGAGAUUGCAGAUUGUACUUCACUUUUUGCCUCCCAAAAGAGUCCUCAGAAGUUAACCAUUGUAAGCAUAAGAUCUGAUGAAAGUAGAAGAGGCCGACCACCCCAGAAAGGGUCUGAUGCUGGGAGAACAAAGAAAGGGGAUGGAAAUCAAAGAACUCAAUUAUCUGAUGGUAAAGCAUUGAGCUCCUCUAACCAGGAAGAGAUAAUUGCUCUUUUCAAACAGAUUCAGUCUUCAAUAUCGCAGGGAGAUCCUGUGAGCAUGAAGAAGAGAGAUCGCAUCCCAUCUGAUGGUAAGCGCACAGUUGAAUCAGUUAUUGACAUUCUUCAUCAUGCACGGAAACAAGUAAAAGACAGACGUUCAACCAAUGAUGGGGACGUGAAGGACCUGGAAUCAGAGGAUAACUUCAAGUUGGUUAGGUUACCGUCCACCUUUGUUAAGAGGUCUCCUGUGCCAUAUCCUUCAGCCCCAAGAGGCAAAGUUCAUGAGCAAAUAGUGAAGCAUCAGCAAACAUGGCAGAAAGUGAGCUGUUAAAGUUGCCAAGAGUAGAGGAAUUGAAACUUCCUCAACUGAAAGAACUGGCCAAGGCAAGAGGAUUCAAAGGCUACUCAAGGCUGAAGAAGAGUGAGCUUAUUAAAUUGCUGAGAUCCUAAAACACCAUUAAACCUUUCUGAAUUAUUUAGAGUCUUAGCAGGCAAAAAACAGGAGUAUGAACCUCCGCCUAACAAUUCUGAAAGAAAGUUAUCUGACCCAUGCUUGUUGCCCUUACUAUGUUUAUGUGGGGAUUCUUUUCUUCAUUUUUAAUUUUUUCCUCUCCUUUGCGUAACCAA